AUGGCGUCCAGUGAUGUUGAGAGACGGCCGUUGUGCCCUGUGUAUGGGAAAGAUCUCCCUCAGAUCUGCCUUAUCGAACAUCAGAAAUGCCACACUGGAGAAAAAACCUCACGGUUGCUUAGAGCAUCAAACCUGUUCUGUCGAAAAACCACGGUUUCUGAGCGAACACGUGAACCGCAAAGGAAAGAGGUCCCCCUGAGCCACCGGAGAGUUCGCACUGGAAAGAAGCCCUUCCAAUGCCCAGAGUGUGGGAAACGUUUCCGCCAGCAGUCACACAUCAUAGCACACGAGAGAAUCCACACAGGGGAGAAACCGUAUGGAUGUUCUCAGUGCGGAAAACGCUUCACUCAGCAAUCGCAGGUUCAGGCUCACGAGAGGAUCCACACAGGAGAAAAGCCCUAUCGUUGCAGCAAGUGUGGGAAGUGUUUCUCCCAACACUCGGGCUUGAGGAGUCACUGGAAGCUCCACACAGGGGAAAAACCAUAUGGAUGUUCUGAGUGCGGAAAACGCUUCACUCAGCAAUCGCAGGUUCAGGCUCAUGAGAGGAUCCACACAGGAGAAAAGCCCUAUCGUUGUGUGAAGUGCGUGAAGUGUUUCUCCCAACAAGCACACCUUCUCAAACACCAGAGGCUUCACACUUCUGCAUGAAGUGUAGAGAGUGUUUUGCUUGACGCUUGUGCCUUUUGAGCCAUCAUAAGAUCCACACAGCGGUGG